GCUGCCUCCGUCCUGUGUCAAAGUCCCUGCGAGGAGGGGGUCUCUGUCUCUCCAGAGGACUCCCCAAACCAUCUUCCUGUCCCUCUUUCAGGCCUUCACACCUGGCAGUGGAUGUUCAGCUGUGAGCUCCAGGGAAAUGAGAGCAAAGAAGGGUUUAUGCGCUUUGGAUACAAUGGGAGGACUUUCAUCACCUUUGACAAGGAGACCCUCACCUGGGUGGCUUCCGAGCCCUAGGCCCAGAUUAUCAAGAGGAAAUGGGACGCUAUUCCAGGACUGAAUCAGAGACUGAAGGCCUACCUGGAGGAGGAAUGCACUGAGUGGCUGGAGAAGUACCUGUCCUAUGGGAAGGAGAUGCUGCUGAGGACAAAGGCCCCAGUGGUGACACUGAGCAGCAGGACGGAGGCCGAUGAUGGGAUGGAACCUCACGUCUGCCACGUGGAUGGCUUCUACCCCAAGGAGAUUGAUGCCUCCUGGAAGAGGGAGGGGGAGGAAUGGCUGCAGGACACCUUCCCUGGGUCUGUGGCCCCCAAUGAAGAUGGGACCUACCACUACUGGCUCAGCAUCUGGAUCAAUCCCCAAGAGAGGGACCGCUAUGGGUGCCGCGUGGAGCACAACGGCCUGCAGGAGCCUGUGGACAAAGCUUUGAAGGCUCCAGAAUCCAACCUGGGGCUGAUCAUCGGCUGCAUUGUGGGUGCUGUUGUCCUGGUGAUUGCUGUGAUUGUUGUGAUCUUUGUGUAUCUCAAGAAACGUCCAGAAGGCUACAAGGCAGCAUCAACGAGUGACAAAGGAUCCGACAGUUCAGGCCCAGGGAGCAUCAAGGACUGGUAGGUGAGUGUCCCCGGUGGGAGCUCUAUUGGGGGGAAGGAGGAAGGGAGGUGAGGGCUUUCAGGUCAAAGGAACCAUUGAUGGUGAAGAUCCUUUGGGAAAACCCUCUUCUGUCUCAGCUCAUCCCAAAUGCU